AUGUCGCAGACAGUCGGUCUCACCCGACUUGCCUACUCCCGGGUAUGGCACAGCAUCUCCGCCUCCACACCACACCCGACCCUCAGCACGGUCAAGUCCCCGCCGGAGGCGAUCACGCCGCCCUCGCUGGGCCGCCUGGCGUCGCGGAUCGCGACGCUCCUCUUGGGCAAGCACAAGCCCAUCUACGACCCGUCCACGGACUGCGGCGACUAUGUCGUGGUGACCAACUGCGCGGCGCUGUACACGACGGGCAACAAGAAGUGGCGCAAGAGCUACUACCGGCACAACACGCGGCCCGGCUCCCUCAAGGAGGUCACGAUGGACGUGCUCAUGGAGAAGUUCGGCGGCAGCGAGGUCCUCCGCAAGGCCGUCAGCGGCAUGCUGCCCAAGAACAGGCUGCGCAAGAAGAGGCUGGCGCGCCUAAAGGCGUUCGAGGGCGACGCGCACCCGUACGACCAGAACCUGACGAGGUUUGGGGGGAAGGUUGUUGGGAGCGAGGGGUGGGCGCAGGUGGCUGAGAAGAUAAGAGAGGCUGGGGCCGCGAGGUUAUGA